AUGGUUUUAGUACAAGACUUAUUACACCCAAACCCAGAAACUGAAAAACACACUUACAAGUUAAAGAAAUUGGUACAAGAGCCAAACUCCUACUUUAUCGAUAUAAAAUGUCCAGGAUGUUUCAACAUUGCCACUGUUUUCAGUCAUGCUCAAACUGCUAUCGCUUGUGAAAAAUGUUCUAAUUUGUUGUGCACUCCAACUGGUGGUAAGGCAAAAUUAGCUGAAGGUUCAUCAUUUAGAAGAAAAUAA